CCAUCAUCAACAUAAUCACGAAAACUUGUCUGUGUGUUAAUGGAGACUUGAACGUCAAGUUCACCAAGCACCAGUUGUCUCAACAGUAUCUCCGUAGUGGAUAACAUCGUUCGGUUGAUUUUCAGUUUGUGUUAAAACUCCGAUUCAAAUGUGUUUAGUUCUUAGAAUAUUAUUCUGUGUUAAUUUUUUAAUUGUUGGUCGAUGUCAAGAAUGGGUAGUAGAUGACGAAGGGUGCCGAACACCAAAUGGAGAUGUAGGUGACUGUAUUCCGGUGCGACAGUGUCGACCAAUGAUUGAAGCUAUAAAAUCAUUGAAUAGGCCAUUGUCCCAACAUGUUACCCAGCAGUUAAACAGUUAUUCUUGUAGUUUUAGUAAUAAUGUGGCUCACAUCUGCUGUCCACAGGGUCCAAUUAUAAUACAAGAAGGAGAAAAUGAGAGUCCUCCUGACGUGUCAAAUCACCGAAAUUUACGGUUGCUUCCAACUAAUUGUGGUUAUCUUGAUCCGGGUAAGGAUCGUAUAAGGAAUGGAAAAAAUGCAGAAAUCAACGAAUUUCCUUGGAUGGCUUUACUAAGCUAUAGAACAAGAAGAGGUCCGGAAUUUAAAUGUGGAGGAACAAUUAUUAAUGACAGAUAUAUUUUGACAGCAGCGCAUUGUAUAAAAAAUUUGGAAAGUCCGUUGUUAGGUGUGAGAGUUGGAGAGUAUGAUAUUAAAAAAAAGCAGGACUGCGCAAAACUGCCAAACGGGUCAACGAUAUGUACACCUGGUUAUCAAGAUUUGGCAAUUGAAGAAAUUAAUCCGCAUUCACAAUUUAACGCUUCUGUAAUAUCCAACGAUAUCGGUUUGAUAAGAGUAUCAAAAAUGAACUUGAAACUUGAAAAUACUAGACCAGUCUGUCUACCAACAGAUGAUCUUCGGAAUGAAAACUUUAAAAAUGUCAUCAUUACAGGUUGGGGCAUCACGAACGUAUUAACAGGAGAAUCCAGUUCAAUUCUUCAAAAAGUUAAUCUACCAGUAGUUGAGCUUGACCAAUGUAAAAACGUCUACAAGAAUCAGUCUAACGUACAUUUAACAUUUAAACAAGUAUGCGCUGGUGGUAAAAACAACAAGGAUUCUUGCCAAGGAGAUAGUGGGGGACCUCUUCAUCAAGCAGCAUUUGUUGAUGGCGUGCCUAAAUACAUUCAACAGGGCGUUGUGUCUUUUGGUCCCAGAGAGUGCGGUUUGGAAGGUUAUCCUGGUGUUUAUACCAGAGUAGCCUAUUACAUGGAUUGGAUUUUGGAUACAAUUAGGCCUUAGAUUUUUAAUUAUUGAGAUUUUUAGUUGUUUCAAACUGUUCAACUGUCAAAAAUGUAAUAAGCAGCUAAAAAUGUGCUGUGAGAAUAACGGUGAUUGAGCUGUAAUAAUCUAUAGUUUCGCAAUUUUCCAACAGAUUUGGUAACUUUCAACAACAAAAUGGCGUUCAAAUGUGAUAUAUUCGAGAUACUACACAAUAUAUUAUAUUUAAGAUAUUCCAAACGCGCUGAGCAAAAGGAAAAUGUAAUGUUCUAAAUUUUUCAAUUAAUAUAUAGUGUCCUGUGAGAUACAUAAUAUUGAUGACAAAAA